CAAACUGCAACAAAUCCCAACCCAAAGCCGUGUUGAUUAUCUCCUGAUCAGUGCGCAAUUGAUGUUCUCAGAGCUAUUUUACGUCAUCUCGGGUAUCAGCCAGUAGUAUCGUCGUCAUUGCACUGACAGAUGGCCGUCGCCUUUACCGCAAGCGUGGGCUUUCUUGCGGAUAGAGCUUGCUCCUCCGUGACGAUCGCUUCGCGUUCUUCGAUUGAGUCACGCGGUCUCCGCUUGUCCUCCACAGCAUCCCUAGCGUCGGGGAAUCAUGGAAUGUCCAAGCGGAUCAGUGGCCAGGGGCAGCGGCUGAGCGGUGGGAGUGACACGUCAGCUCCUCGCCUUGUGCAUUGCCGUGCUUCUGCUGGUGGGGAGAGACUGGCAGCGCAGUCGCGACGGGUGCAGAUGGAUGCGACCAAGGUGCUGGCGGAGCUGCUCCAGGCCAAGGACCUGCAGGCCUCCGUGCGGGAGCGACUGGACGAUCUGUCAGAGGAGUUCUUCAUGGUUUCGUCGGCGUACUUGGACAUGGCUCGCAAGGAAGGCAACCCUGAGGUGGUGCAGCAGUUGGAAUCGGUGCUGAAAGUGGCUAUGACUGAGAAGGAGAAGACCCUCAGACCUGAAAUUCGCAUGCUGAACCAGCUUCUGCGCGACAAGACUGCUGCAGAUCGUGUGAAAACUCUAGCAGCUUACGAGGAGUACCUGGUUCCAGGAAGUUACUUCUUCCACCUGCUCAACCGCAUGCUUGUAGAUGUGGAGUCACAGAAGCCGCCACAAACCAAGUUGCUCACACAAUUGCGCACAAUCAAUAGAGAGGUGAAGGAGGCGGCAAAGGGGGCCAAGAAGGCGAAGGAGAGAAAAUCCAGCACAAGUGAGGAGAACUGAGUACUAUGUGGUCGUCUGAUUGUUUGCAUGCUUGCUUAGUCUAAAAAACCCUAGUGGAUGCAUGCCUUUGUUUGUUGGACCUAAUAAAUAACCAAACUAGUAGGUGCCUGGCUCGCUUCUGAAGCCAUUGCACUCUUACCCUGAUCAACUCCCUGUUUCUGUCAGUGCCGAUCAAAAUGGCUGCGCGUUGCGUAGUCGGAUGCUCGCGCUGAUCAGUGUUGCGUCUCACGCGCCGCGCAACUCCCGUCGUGGACAAGCCUUGGUCAAGGGAGGCACGUCUUGCUCUACCAGACUACCACUACAAGCACAUCUUGGGUAGACCUAUUUAAGCUGUUUGUCAGAUGACAAUUUGCCAGUUUUAGAGACCAAAUUAACGCGACUCUUCACUGCUUGCCAGAUAGAGAGGCGAAAUGGCUUGUCGCGGUAUCGCCACCACGUCUCUAGUCCCCGGCUCUGCACGAAGCGUCACGGGUACGGGACAGAAACAGAGAAGAGAAGACAUUCGAACGCCUCGACCGAUCAAUCCAAUUCUCUCUUCGCACCCAGCUCUGCUUCAUCCUUCUGCAUUCGCCGCGUCUCCCCGUGCUUCCCUGACUCCAAACCUUCCACUCCCGCGAUCGCCGUUCUGGGGUUUGCAUCUCCGGUUCAAUCCGUGGGGACGCGAGGAGGCCCGAGUUCGCCUUGCGGAAUGCGGCGGGUUUAGAUUGCGGCGGUCGAACCCCGCAAAGAGCG